AUGUCGUCUCCCCUGCUUGCCUCCUCGGAGAGGAAAUGCUUCAAAAUCGGCACUCGCAAGUCAAAGCUUGCGCUUGCUCAGACUGACCUGGUUGUGGAAGCACUGAAGAAGAAGUAUCCGCAAUAUGAUUUUAAUAUUGAAACCAAAGACACCGCCGGUGAUCGCGACAAGAUCACUGCGUUCAAGGACAUGACAUCCAAGAAUCUGUGGACAGAAGAGUUGGAGGAAUUAUUGAUUGGCGGCCAGAUAGAUUUUAUCGUUCACUCUCUAAAGGAUGUCCCUACUAUUUUACCCCCCACCUGUGCCCUAGGAGGCGUUCUCCCUCGCGAAGACCCAAGAGACGUUCUCAUAGUCAAGCCUGGUCUCCCUUAUACCUCUCUUUCCGAACUCCCUGCCGGUUCCGUGGUCGGCACCUCAUCAAUCCGCCGCACGGCUCAAUUGGCGAUGAAAUUCCCACACCUAAAAGUGCAGAGCGUUCGCGGUAACAUUGAGACCCGAUUGGCGAAAUUGGACGCAGAAGACGGUCCUUUUACGUGCAUUAUUCUAGCAGCAGCCGGAUUAUUACGGACUGGGAUGGGGGGUAGAAUCACUCAAUAUCUCGACUCAAAAAGUGGUAGUCUUUUAUAUGCCGUUGGUCAAGGUGCGAUUGGUAUUGAGAUCCGUUCGGAUGAUGCUCUCGUUCUGGACAUGCUCAACAAUGUCGGAGAUCAAAAGACAUUCAAGGAAGUUCUGACUGAGCGCAGCUUGCUCAGAUCUAUAGAAGGUGGAUGCAGUGCGCCGCUCGGCGUGGAAUCAGAAUGGGUCGAAGAUGCGGAUGGAACGACUAAAUUACAUGUCCGAUCUAUCAUUGUGAGUGUGGAUGGUACACGCCAUUCUACUGCUGAACUCGAGAAAGUCAUUGAAAGUCCCGUGGCGGCCGAGACAUUUGGAUUGGAAUUGGCUCAGGAGCUAGUGACGAAUGGUGCUGGUCCUAUUCUUGAGGAGAUUAAAGCAAACAAGGUUACUUCGUGA